UAUUGGUCCAAAUUAACAAUUCUUACAUGCAUACACUAAAAUACCUUAGUAGAUCUAUACACGAUAAACUAAAUGAGCUAUUUACAAUGAAAAAGUUAAUACUCUAAACCAUUCACAUGAAUAAAAAAAGUGUCUGUCUAAUCAGAAUGUUUCCAAGUAUGUAUAUGGUUAAACUCAUUUGCAUACUAAAGACAUAUAUAUAUAUAUAUACUUGCGAUUAUCUAACCUUUCAUUCAUUUAACUAACUCUCUAGCUUGAUUACAGCAAUAAGUUGAACACUGUCUAACUGACUAAUCAUGGCGUCCACGAAUAAACAAAGUCAAAUGGAGCAGUUUAUUACAGCAUUCAUCGAGAUGGAUAAGGAUAGGAAUGAAAUGGUUGAUCGUCAAGAACUGGUCAGAUACUGUCAACAAAAUAGGAUGGAUAUGAAACAAAUUGAUACAUGGAUUUCAAGGUUUGAUACAGACAGAGAUGGUAAAGUUAGUUUGGAUGAAUUUUGCCGUGGACUUGGCUUGAAACAGGCAGAAAUACGUCGUCUCAAAGAAGAGCAUAAACGAGCCAAGGAUGGUAGGGUUCCCGAUCUACCUCAUGAUAUUGAUAUUAUUGCAUCAACUAUGUCGUUAAGUAAACAACAUGAAAUCUGUACUAAAUUUAAAGAAAUUAUCGGAAGUCCUCCUAAAACUGGUGAAGCUAUGCGAGAUGUGACUAGUAAAAUGAAAACUUAUUUGGAUUCAGAACAUGGUCGUGUCUGGCAAGUGGUUAUACUAACUGGUUCAUAUUGGAUGAAUUUUUCACAUGAACCAUUUAUGUCAAUACAGUUCAAGCACAGCAAUAAUGUUGUUCUUCUGUGGAGAACACCUUGUUAAGAAUGAUAAAUCUUAGAAACAGAAAUGAAUAUAUACAUAUAUUUCUAUAUACAUUCAUAUACGUAUAUAUAUAUAUAUAUUUAAAUAUUGGAAGAGAGUAUGAAAAUUAAUUUGUAUAAGCGUGACGAUAAAAGGCUGCUACCAUUUUUACUUUACUUUAUAUAAACUCUUAUUGUUCACUUUCUGAAUAUAUAUUGGGAUUUCUUCUUUGAGACGAAGAUUUUAUUCACUGCUGUGUAACUUAUUUUUAUUUUCUUAACUUCUAAUAAACGUUUAUUUUAACAAAAAUGAACAAAAAUGGCGGUUAUGCGUAAAUGCAUGGUGGGGUUUCAAAUGCUAGGAAUGUUGAUAAAUUUCUGUACUGCACAUACUGGAGACUAAAUAAAAAAAAUUAUACAAAUCUGA